UCAAGUGCAGCGAGAGGGUUUUCAUUAAGCUCGUCUGACAGGCGGCUCCUGGUCAUCAUGGCGUCCGGGCGGUGGCGUCCCUCCUUCCUCCUCCUCCUCCUCCUCCUCCUCCUCCUCCCUCCGUCAGGUGCGUCCUCGCUCUCAGCUGUCAACUCCUCAGAGGAUCUCCAGGAGGUGAUCCUGGCAGCCAUCUUGCCUCUCACUAACACAGACUAUGCGUGGGCGUGGCCUCGCGUGGCGCCGGCCCUCCACCAGGCGGUGCAGCGGGUGAACUCUGACCCCUGGCUGCUGCCGGGCCUAAAGCUGCGGCUCGUUAACGGCAGCUCGGAAAACCGCGACGGCUUCUGCUCGGACUCCAUGGCGCCACUGGUCGCCGUUGACCUCAAGAUGUCACAUGACCCCUGGGCCUUCAUCGGCCCCGGCUGCGACUACUCCUCCUCGCCUGUCGCCCGCUUCACAACCCACUGGGGGGUUCCCAUGGUGACAGCCGGCGCCCGCGCUAUCGGCUUUGAACUCUACGCGGCGGUCACCAACACAGGCCCCACCCACAAGAAGCUGGGGGAAUUUGGCGCCAGGAUCCAGGAGAUGUUUGGCUGGCGGCAGCACGCCAUGCUCAUCUUCAGCGACAACAAGGACGCCAACGACGACCGCCAGUGCUACUUCGCCAUCGAGGGGUUGUACACGCAGCUAGGCAACCGCAGCAUCACCACCCGCGACCACGCCAUCGACGCUGACGUCAACUUCAAGUCUCUAGUGCAGGACAUCAGAGAGAACGGCAGAGUUGUGUACCUGUGCUGCUCCUGGGACAUCCUGAGGAGUCUGAUGGUGCAGUUCUGGAAGGAGGGCGUGGACCUGCAGGAAUACGUCUUCUUCUUCAUCGACCUGUUUGCCGAGGGCCUGGGGGGGGGCGGCCCGGUGAGACCCUGGUACCGAGGAGACCAGGACGACUCCACGGCCCAGCUGGCCUUCAGGAGCGUGAAGGUGUUGACGUACCUGGAGCCGCAGAAUCCAGAGUAUCGUCAGUUUGUUGAAACUCUGAAGAGCGACGCAAAGAAACUCUUCAACUUCACCAUCGAAGACUCUCUGUCCAACCUGAUCGCUGGAGGCUUCCACGACGGCGUGAUGCUCUACGCUCACGCUCUGAACGAGAGCCUGGCCGAGCACAGGGGGCCGGGGGGGCUCCGGAGACCCCAACAGGACCUGGUGACCCGGAGGAUGUGGAACAGAACGUUCCCAGGAGUGAUGGGUGCGGUGGAGAUGGACGAGCUCGGGGACAGAGAGAUGGACUUCGCCGUUUGGGACAUGACGGACAUCGACUCUGGAGAGUUUCAGGUGGUGUGUGUGUACAACAGCAGUGUAAAGCAGCUGCUCAUGCAGAGUGGGCGGAGCUUCCAGUGGCCAGGUGGAGCUCCGCCUCCAGAUGUUCCGGAGUGCGGCUUCAAGAACGACAAGCCGUCGUGCCUCGCACGUACCGUCUCGAUGCAUCAGAUGGUUGCCAUAGUGAUGUCUUUCAUCUUCAUCAUCAUCGUCACGGUGACCAUCUUCAUCUGCAGGAAGCUGAAGCUGGAGAGCGAGCUCGCCGCCCAGCUGUGGCGAGUGUCCUGGGACGACGUCCAGAUGAGCAACCUGGACAAAGUCCUGAAGAGAGCCUGCAGCCGCCUCACCAUGUCCCUGAAAGGAUCCAACUACGGCUCCCUCACGACCAUGGAGGGAAACUUCCAGAUCUACACCAAGACCGGAUACUACAAGGGAAAUCUGGCUGCCAUCAAAUACAUCAACAAGAAGCGUAUCGAGCUGACCAGGAAGGUUCUGUUUGAGCUGAAGCACAUGCGUGAUGUCCAGAACGAGCACCUGACUCACUUCAUCGGCGCCUGCAUCGACGCACCGAACAUGUGCAUCAUCACAGAAUACUGCCCCCGAGGCAGCCUGCAGGACCUGAUGGAGAGCGACAGCAUCACCUUGGACUGGAUGUUCAGAUACUCGCUCGUCACUGACAUCGUCAAGGGGAUGGGCUUCCUGCACAACAGCGUCAUCGUCUCCCACGGCAACCUGAAGUCUUCCAACUGUGUGGUCGACAGUCGCUUCGUCCUGAAGAUCACGGACUACGGUCUGCAGAGCCUCCGGGGCUGCUGCCCCCCCGACGACACACACGCCUACUACGCACGUAAACUGUGGACGGCUCCAGAGCUGCUGGGGUCCGACUGCCCCCCCCCCGGGGGGACGCAGAAGGGGGACGUCUACAGCUUCGGGGUCAUCCUGCAGGAAGUGGCUCUGCUGAGAGGGGUCUUCCACCUGGAGACCCAGACCCUCAACCCUAAAGAGAUCAUCCAGGCGGUGCUUCGGGGUGGUGCCCCCCCCCUGCGUCCCUCCCUCUGCGUCCACAGUCACAGCGAGGAGCUGGGCGUCCUGAUGCAGCGCUGCUGGAGGGAGGAGCCUAACGAGAGGCCGGACUUCAGCACCAUCAAGAUCCUGCUGGGGAAACAACACAGAGGUUAUGGUUCUAACAUCCUGGACAACCUCCUGUCCCGGAUGGAGCAGUACGCCAACAACCUGGAGGAGCUGGUGGAGGACAGGACGCAGGCGUACCACGAGGAGAAGCGCAAGGCCGAGGCUCUGCUCUACCAGAUACUACCACAUUCCGUGGCUGAGCAGCUGAAACGAGGCGAGACGGUUCAGGCUGAAGCGUUCGACUCCGUCACCAUUUACUUCAGUGACAUCGUGGGCUUCACGGCGCUGUCUGCUGAGAGCACGCCGCUGCAGGUGGUCACUUUCCUGAACGACCUCUACACCUGCUUUGACGCCAUCAUCGAUAACUUUGAUGUUUACAAGGUGGAGACUAUUGGCGAUGCGUACAUGGUGGUGUCCGGCCUGCCUGUGAGGAACGGUCAGCUCCACGCCCGGGAGGUCGCCCGCAUGUCUCUCGCCCUGCUGGACGCUGUGAAGAGCUUCAGGACCCGACACCGAGCCAAUCAGCAGCUGCUGCUCCGCAUCGGCAUACACAGCGGUCCAGUUUGUGCCGGUGUGGUCGGGCUGAAGAUGCCCAGGUACUGUCUGUUUGGAGACACGGUCAACACAACGUCACGCAUGGAGUCCAACGGAGAGGCUUUGAAGAUUCACGUGUCAGAAGCAACUCGUCAGGUUCUGCAGGAAUUCAGCUGCUUCACACUGGAGCUCCGAGGAGAAAUCCAGGUGAAGGGGAAAGGACCAAUGAGGACGUACUGGCUGCUGGGAGAGGAGGACAACUGACAGAGGACGACAACUGACAGAGGACAACAACUGACAGAGGACAAC